ACACGGGGAAACACCGAGGGACUCCCCACCGGCCGAUACAUUCUCUUACCGAUCAGAGACUGACUUUGCGGCUGGAACGGAGGAAAACUGUAUGCUAAAGUACCGCGCAGUACGGAGAUGGCCAGUAACCAAACCGAGAAACCAGGGAAAUAGUCAUCAACAGAGAGGGAGUUGUGCAUGAGUGAGAGGUAAUCUAUCUGUGAACCAUGGCCACCAUAAACCAUGGAGCAUUUUCACUUUCCAAUCAAGCCGUUCAAUUCAUAUUGCAAGUUUCUUUUUAGCUCCUCCACUUCUGAUGAUCUCCAAAUGAUUUCCAUCCAUGGAGAUCGCCUUGACUUCUCGACAACUACUCCAUACCCGGUUUCAACUUUCAAAUCAAAAGUCUUCCCUCCGAAAAGGCAUCAGUCCAUCAUCCAUCUCGGCCCCCCCCUUCUCUUCCCUCUUCCCCCCUCCCCCUCCUCUCCCUUUUUCUCUUGGUUGCCCCAUCUCUCUCUCUUUUCUCUUUUCCUCUCCAAUUGUUCAAGUCAAUCCUGUCCGGUUAUUGGGCACAAGUGUAACCCACCAGAAAGACCUUGUCCUACUCAUCCAGCCAUGCCCAGUGCACGCCCAGUGCCCCGUCAACUUCAUCCACUCCAGCUCCAGCCUCCAUCCUUCCUUUUCCCCAUACGGACAGGGGCGAACCCGCCUUGUCGGAACGAGCGAUCCGGCACAGUGGAAAUGUUACGCAACUUACGCCGCAUACGCAGCGGGCGGGUCAUUAUCCAGCCCGUAAUUUCGCCCUUCCCGGCAGAGGGGGACCACUUAGAAAUCGUGAUUACACUGGCUGUGUGUGUGGCGAAGGCAAGUACGAAAGUAAAUAUAGAUAGAUUUAAAAUAGCAGUAGCUAGCUAUUAUGAGGAACACGGGAUGCGAUGUGGCCAGUAGCGCUUCACCAGAUUGUGGAAAUGGAGCAUAAUUUACUGCUGAACUUUUUCUGUUCGGGCGUUGAAUUCGAUUCGGCUGGGCGUUUAGUAACUCGAGU